AUGUUCUCCAGACAGGCAGUGCUGCGCGCCGCGCGGUCGGCCGCUCCCCAGCGUGCCCUCCUGGGCCAGACUCGCUCCUUUGCCGCCCCGGCCUCGGCCGACAAGGUCAAGCCUCCCGUCACCCUCUUCGGCCUCGAUGGCACCUAUGCCACUGCUCUGUACACGGCCGCGGUCAAGACGCAGACGCUGGAGCCCACCGCCAAGGGCAUCGAGAAGCUGGGCGCACUGCUGCAGAAGGACAGCAAGCUCGUCACCAUCCUCGAGGCACCCACCCUGACGGCUGCCGACAAGAGCGCCAUCGUCGCCGAGCUGCAGAAGAGCGCCGGUGCCGCGGGCGAGACCGUCAAGAACUUCCUGGCUACCCUCGCCGAGAACAACCGCCUCGGUCUGCUUCCUGGCGUCUGCAGCAAGUUUGGUGAGCUCAUGAGUGCCGCUCGUGGUGAGGUCGAGAUGGUUGUUACUAGCGCUCAGCCCCUGGAUAACAAGACCCUCGCUCGCCUCGAGGCCGCCGUCUCUAAGUCCGACGUUGUCGGCGCUGGCAAGACCCUCAAGGUUAAGAACACCGUUAACCCCGAUAUCAUUGGCGGCCUGAUCGUCGAGGUCGGUGACAGGACAGUCGACCUCAGCGUCUCCUCGAAGAUCGCCAAGAUGAACAAGCUCCUCACUGACGCUCUGUAA